UGAUCCCCGGAGGCGUCGGGUCGGACUUGUCUAUAUAUACAACGCUGAGCUUGGCCUUGCUCUUGCUCGGCGCCUCUCCGGGGACUCUCGGCUGCUCUUCUGCCAUCAUUGAGCCGACCCCAAACAUGGCCCACCGGCAACAGAUCUGCCUACCAGCCAAACUGAUUAAUGGAGGGAUCGCAGGCAUGGUUGGAGUCACGUGUGUGUUCCCAGUCGACCUGGCCAAGACACGCCUGCAAAACCAACGAAGUGGCGCGCAACUGUACAAGAAUAUGAUGGACUGUCUGAUAAAGACGGUAAAAUCUGAGGGUUACUUUGGCAUGUAUCGAGGCGCAGCUGUCAAUCUCACCCUAGUGACGCCUGAGAAGGCCAUUAAACUCGCUGCCAACGACUUCUUUCGCCACCUGCUAAGCAAAGAUGGUGGUAAGCUGACCGUGUUCAAGGAGAUGUUGGCGGGAUGCUGCGCGGGAAUGUGCCAGGUCGUCGUCACCACGCCCAUGGAGAUGCUCAAGAUCCAGCUCCAGGAUGCUGGCAGGCUCGCGGCCCAGCAGAGGGUGAAGGCGAGUGUGGUAACGGGUCUAAAGAUGGGCGGAACCAGUGCCGUCCUGAGUCGUUCCUACAAUGCUCGCCCCGCGCCUCAUCUUAGGACGGUAUCGGCCACGCACAUCGCCAGAGACCUGCUGAAGACCAAAGGUGUCACGGGGUUGUACAGAGGACUUGGAGCCACGUUAAUGCGGGACAUUCCCUUCUCAGUUAUCUACUUCCCUCUUUUUGCGCACCUGCACCAGCUUGGUCAGCAUUCAUCAGAAAACCCAACAGCGCCCUUUUAUUGGUCCUUUGUGUCCGGAUGCUUGGCUGGAUCCAUCGCAGCGCUGGCUGUCAGCCCUUGUGACGUGGUCAAAACAAGACUACAAUCCCUAAAAAAGGGAACAAACGAGGAAACAUACAAUGGAGUGGUGGAUUGUGUCGGAAAAAUCAUGAGAAAAGAGGGUCCUGCGGCUUUCCUAAAGGGGGCCAGUUGCCGGGCGCUUGUCAUCGCGCCUCUCUUUGGCAUCGCCCAGGUUGUGUACUUUGUAGGAGUUGGAGAGACGCUGCUUGGUUACACACCGUAUAGCGUUUAUUCUGCACAGACACACACAUAGUGAUGGAAAAUUAGGAAUUUUACCACUGUAAAUAUUUUUCCUAGAUAUAUUUGCUACUUUCUCGAAAUUGAGAAAAAUUUAGCAAACUACAAAAUAACUAAAAUUAAGAGACUGUUACAGUUUCAAAAAUCUAAAAAAAAAAAAUAUUCCAUCAUAGAAUAACCUUGUUGUUUUUAUCAUGUU